UGGCGCAGACGAUAUUUGAAGCUAAUUUUUCGCUAAUUUUAUUAUUUUGGACUUUUAUUUUCUAUUUAUCCCAAGAAGAAAGCAAGUGAUGGACGUAUGGCUGCUAGCAGGGCAAAUCCAGACCCUUCUAUACGGAACUAGCGUCUGCUGGAGUUUUGUUUAUGUGUGUUUAAAGGUUUCACGAGCAUGUCUAGUUCACUCGAGACCGGCGCAGAUCUUGUUGAUAGUUGCAAUCGCCGGUUCAUCUUUCUUGUACGGAUUCCUCAAAACUCUCAAGAGCUUCACUGGCAAUGGCACAAAUCACCUUGAUUUAAUAGCGUGGCAUAAAAAUAUAGAACCAACAGACUACAAGGUCCAAAGCAUUACAACAGAAUCGGUUCUGGGAUAUUGGUGUUAUUCUCAACUAAUGUCCCUGCUUCUUCCCUUCAUACUUUUCAUCAACAUCAGAUCACGCCUUAUCAAGAUGUCCACCCUUGAACUGUGUGCAUAUGCAUGGCUGGCAUUGGGUGGGGCCCUCAGUGUGGCCUUUCCGCUAUUUGUGUUAAGAUAUCACAGCAGCAUGCAAGACCAAACAGGAAUGAAGUCUCCAGCCCUGAGGCUACCCACGUGGGGAAUGGACAUUUUGGGUAUUUGCCUCUGGCUCUCGUUUUGGUUUACAGUAUCACUGUCAUGGUCCAAAGACGAAGAAGUAACCCUCUAUCUUUGGUUACUGCGUUUUGCUUUAUUUCUGCCUAGUUUGAUUCCAGCCACUCCAAUCAAGAACAGCAAAGACCACUCAAUGCCAUUACCAAUUUAUUGCGGCCUUGUUGUUUUAAUAACUGGGUAUCACUGGUAUCAAAGUGCUAAAGUAAUAACACACACAGGCUUUGUGCAUCACAACCUGGCUCUCCCUUUUUCACAUGAUAUGAUGUUCUGCCUUGUUAGUUUAGUAUUAUAUAUUCUAUACCUUUCCAAAACUUUAGGUCUGUUAGUGUCUCUUGCAUUGAUAUUUAUAACUCCCUUCCUUUCACUUGGUUCUACAUUUUCACUGCUAGUGAUCUAUGACCGUCACCUUAAAAAAGGACAGCUUUCAAGGAAGGAAGACUAGUGGGAAACAGAAUG